UCUCCAGUGGCAUAUAUAACACUACUGCUGUGCUAGUACCCCCAAAGACUGGAGACAGUAGAGACUAGAGACGAAGGAGAGGCUUCUAGACUCCGAGCUCGACGAAACAAGCCGAAGCGUCUCGCCUGCGCGGUCGCGAGCGUGCGAGUGGGGAUUAGGGAUGGCGGCGAAGAAAGUGCUCAUGCUCUGCGGCGACUACAUGGAGGACUACGAGGUCAUGGUCCCGUUCCAAGCGCUGCAAGCGUAUGGGGUGUCCGUGGAUGCCGUCUGCCCUAGCAAGAAGGCCGGCAACAUCUGCCGCACCGCCGUCCAUCAGGGGAUCGGCCACCAGACAUACUCUGAGACAAAAGGUCAUAAUUUCACACUAAAUGCUUCAUUUGAUGAGAUAACUGCUAGUGAAUAUGAUGGAUUGGUAAUUCCUGGUGGACGUGCACCCGAAUAUCUUGCAAUGGAUAGACAGGUGCUUAACCUAGUCAGAAAUUUCUCUGAUGCUAAGAAGCCUAUUGCAUCAGUUUGUCAUGGACAGUUGAUUUUAGCGGCAGCAAGAGUAGUUGAGAACCGUAACUGCACAGCAUAUCCAGCUGUUAAACCAGUUUUGGUUGCUGCUGGUGCUAAGUGGGAAGAACCCGACACAAUGGCAAAAUGCACUGUUGAUGGCAAUCUCAUCACUGCAGCAACUUAUGAUUCUCAUCCUGAAUUCAUCAGCCUAUUUGUCAAAGCACUUGGAGGUUCAGUGGCAGGCUCAGACAAGAAAAUACUGUUCCUCUGUGGGGACUACAUGGAAGAUUAUGAGGUUAUGGUCCCAUUCCAGUCUCUUCAAGCUCUUGGCUGCCAUGUCGAUGCUGUUUGCCCUGACAAGGGAGCCGGGGAGAAGUGCCCGACAGCCAUUCAUGAUUUCGAAGGUGAUCAGACUUACAGUGAGAAGCCUGGCCACGAUUUUACUUUAACAGCAUCAUUUGAAAGUGUGGAUGCUUCAAGCUAUGAUGCACUUGUGAUUCCUGGUGGGCGGGCUCCGGAGUAUCUGGCUCUGAAUGAUAAAGUCAUCAGCUUGGUGAAGGCCUUCGCGGAUAACGGAAAGCCAAUUGCAUCGAUCUGCCAUGGCCAACAGAUAUUGUCAGCUGCUGGAGUCCUUAAGGGGAAGAAAUGCACUGCGUACCCAGCCGUAAAGCUCAACGUUGUACUUGGGGGCGGAACCUGGCUGGAGCCUGACCCGAUCCACCGCUGCUUCACCGACGGCAAUCUCGUCACUGGCGCAGCCUGGCCCGGGCACCCUGAGUUCGUGUCCCAGCUCAUGGCGUUGCUCGGCAUCAAGGUUUCCUUCUGAAGUCCGAACUGAGAGUUUGAAAGUGCUCCCGUGGGACCUGGGGGGCGUGAUAGGAUAGCUUUGGAUAUCCAGACAGAAGAGAACACACUCGUAUGACACGUAUAGCGACCGCUCCAUCUCAUCCAUGAUCUAUGCGCAGCAAGUUUCAGGCUUACACUUUUCUUUUGUCAGCGUUGUGUAACUGUAACGUGGAUGUUGUUUCUUCUUGGUUCAUUUUUUUUUGGUGUCGUCCUUUUGGGAUUCAAACAAUAAAUAAACGCUUGUAUACUGCUAUGUGUUAUACUUCGAGCUGCUGGUUUUUUGUCAGAC